AAAUCUAUCAAAAUUGUGCUCCACUCUAGCUAGUCACGAAUUACAGUUCAGUGGAAAAGUGACAAGCAAAAAUACAAAAUGGUCCUGGAGAGUACUAUGAUAUGUUUUGAUAACAGCGAUUACCAGCGCAAUGGUGAUUACUUUCCCACACGUCUGAAUGUACAGAAAGAUGGCAUAAAUUUGGUCUGUCUCACAAAGCUUAGAUCAAAUCCGGAGAACAAUGUUGGUCUAAUGACCCUCUCAAACACCGUUGAAGUGCUGGCCACUUUGACCAGCGAUGUGGGACGUAUUUUCUCAAAGAUGCAUUUGGUACAGCCCAAGGGUGAGAUAAACCUGUUAACAGGCAUACGAAUUGCGCACUUGGUGCUGAAGCAUCGUCAGGGCAAAAAUCAUAAGAUGCGAAUUGUUGUCUUCGUUGGUUCACCGAUAAAGAAUGAGGAGGGCGAAUUAGUCAAGCAAGCAAAGCGUCUGAAGAAGGAGAAAGUCAACGUGGACAUUGUUAGCUUUGGCGAUCAUGGCAACAACAUUGAGACUUUGACAGCUUUCAUUAACGCUCUUAAUGGCAAAGAUGGCACUGGCUCCCAUUUAGUUAGUGUGCCACGGGGUUCAGCUUUGUCGGACGCCUUGUUGUCGUCUCCAAUUAUACAGGGUGAAGAUGGCAUGGGUGCAGCUGGACUUGGAGGUGCCGUUUUUGAGUUUGGAGUAGAUCCCAACGAGGAUCCAGAGCUAGCGCUUGCUUUGCGCGUCUCUAUGGAGGAGCAACGUCAGCGCCAGGAGAGCGAGCAACGCCGCGCUGAAGGCGCCGGUAACACAGCUAGUAACACUGGCGAAAGCGCAGCUGUGUCAGGACCAACAAUUGGCGAAAGCAAUGUUGGCGGUACUAGCGUAGCUCUACCUAACUCCAACUCGGAAGAAGCCAUGUUACAGCGCGCUUUGGCUUUGUCCACCGAAACACCGGAAGACAAUUUGCCUGAUUUUGCUAAUAUGACUGAGGAGGAGCAAAUUGCUUUUGCUAUGCAAAUGUCUAUGCAGGAUGCAGCUGAUGACGUUACCCAGCAGGCCAAGCGUCCUAAAACUGAUGAUGCCGCUGCACCUAUGGAAGUCGAUGAAGAUUACUCUGAGGUUAUAGGAGAUCCGGCAUUUUUACAAAGCGUUUUAGAAAAUUUGCCAGGCGUGGAUCCUCAAUCUGAAGCAGUUCGAGAUGCUGUAGGAUCGCUUAAUAAAGAAAAGGACAAGAAGGGCGAUGCUAAGGAUGACUCCAAAUAAAAAAUGAAUGUUAUCUACAAUUAUACAAUUUGCAUUAACUCUAAAAUCAUAAGUAAAUCCCCAUACACAUUGUGCAGAUUAUAAUCUUGCUUAAAAUAUAAAAUCCACAUUAAUACAGGACCGA